AUGCCAGAGAUGACCGCAAUCCACGAAGAAAGCCUCGCGCUAUUGCAAUCCGGCAAAUAUAGCGACUUCGUGUUGGCUUGCAAUGGGGCUGAAUGGAACUUGCACAAGGCCGUGGUUUAUAUUCAUUCACCAGUUAUUGCGGCUGCGAUCGAUGGCCAAUUCAUGGGGGCCAGACUGGAUCGUUAUUCGUCCAACCAGUAUGACGUCGCCACUAUGGCUCGUCUCAUUCAGUAUGUAUAUGUCCAAGACUAUUCUUCCAAUCCUUUGUUAGCUGGGACAUGGCCAUCCAUGGAGAUACUCCAGGAUGAAGAGCGUCAGAGCCAACUACAAGACACGAGUCAACCUUCCCCACGCUGUCUGGAGGCUGAAAUUAGCCUGAAUAUCGCUGCAGACUACUACAGGAUUCCAGCACUCUCUGCCAUGACGAGAUCUCGUAUCGAGAGAAUUAUCAAUCACCGCUGGGAUGCGACUGCCUUUCCAGCUCCCCUGAAGCGUGCUGAAGAAAAUGUCGUAGACAUGUUCUUAUGGAAGAUUUUGAUCGAUGCAGCUGCAAUUCACAUUGACUCUUUGGCCAAGUCAAACGAAUUUCACGAGGUCGAUUGGCAGACUGGAACUUAUAAACAAAUCUUUUGUGCCCAGGCCCAUAUUUUAGAAGAAGAAGACGCGAAAAAAAAGGAGAGUCCAAGCCAAUCAAGUUAUGAAUCCAGGGCACAAGCAUUUUUUUGCUAA